UCGCCAUAUAAGCAACGUCUGCUGCCACUGACGACGCAGAGUCUUGCACCCCCUCGUUGAUACGGUUUCUCGACGAACAAGAAUGCAGACAGGGAUCAUAUUGGUGACUAUUGCGGCGGCAGCCCUGCUGCAGGGCGGGCACAGCAGCUCGGUGUCCAUCAGAAUGCCCUAUCUGAGUCCAGCAGGUGUGACUUACAUCAACAACGUAGAGCCCCACGGACUCACUUACGCGAUACCAGCGAACGUAGAGGCCCAUCACGUUGGGUACGCUGCUGCCCAGGUGCCUGCACUCGCUGCUGUACCCUUCGUGAAACACGUGCCCACGGUGUCCCAUGUACCGGUGACCAAAUACGAGAGACAACCGAUCGUUCUGGAGAAACAGUUGGAUGUGGUGAAACCGGCCGUGCAGACCCGUAAAUUCGAGGUUCGCCGUCCAGCGAUCCAGAAGCAAUUCUACGACAUCGAGGAACGCGUGAUCGUGCGUCCAGCUGGAUCAGCCGUGGUUGAGCUCGAUCAUCCGACCUCGAAGGUACAAAAGGGACCAGCUUUGAUCCACCCGUAUUAUCCCCAUCAGAUUGCUCAGUCCGAAGGUGUCUUCAGCUUUGGACCCUCGACCAUUUCCCCGCCGGUAGCCUCUCCCACUUUACCCUCCAACUCGAACGAGGAAGGCGUUGUCGUGGAGAAUCCCGAUUUCCGUAAACUGCAAGAACAACAUCAGGGCGGUCUGUUGAGCCCCCAAGUGAGAAAUGUUUCGAACGGUGCAUCCAAUGAACCAUUCAUGGCCUACGAUCCUACACCCAGCGUGAUAGUCAGUCCCAACUCCAGCCCCGAGGAGGACAGGAACAAUCAGAACAGACUUCUCGAGCUUCUCACCGCUCGUGGCAAUGUAGCCGAGGUUGGAUUCGGUCGUUUGGGUCUCGCGAACUCCGCGCUGGAAGAGAUCAGCAAUGUGAGGGGCCGAGUGCUGUCCGCGACUCCAGCUCCAGAUGACGCGAAACCAGCCGACGAACGCGUUUCCACGAGACGUGUCGUUCUCACCAGGCCUAUCGAGACCCUGCAGGAAUUGAAUGUCGUGGAACCGGCGACGAAGAUCGAGAGAAUCUCUGUGCAACAGCCGAGUUACAUCGAUACGGCGCGUCUCGAACAUGUUCCGGUCCACAGCUCGGUCCCAGUCGUUGGCAAAGCUUACGCUCCCACAGUGGCUCACGCCGCCAUCCCUCUUUACCAAAAGACCAUCUCGCCGGCUUACGCAUACCAUCGUUAAACCGGCUGUGAAUCGUGAUACCGUCGCCUGUCUGUACCCGGGUAUUUAUCGGAGGUAAAUACCGAUCUGUGGGAAGCAUCAACAUCACCGUCGUACCUGUCGUACACGGAGCCGACAUAUUCUCGGAACCAUUGAAACCAUCGUUAGCCCCCAUUCAAGUG